AUGCCUCCCAAGAAGGCAUCGAAGGGAAAGCAGAAGUCAAAGCAAUUACCGAAAUACCCGGAGUCCACAGGGAAGAACCCAUGUGGAAAUACUGCUAGCACUCAGAUUGGACUGGCCAUGGAGCGUCCGGUAGCACCAUCCAGACUGGCUAUGCAGCCACCAGCCGCGCCCCCCCCACAACCAAGGCCGGUGCCAUAUGUACGAUCCCUGCAGCAGGGGCUACCAUAUAUGUACGAUACGACAGUUGGUCCAUCGAUGGCAUCGUAUGCACGGUCCCCACAGCAGCGCCCCCCGCAGAUGAACCUUCCUAGCUGGGACAUGAGGGGCGGCCCAUCCUCAAUACCUCCCUCUAACCAGCAAUCGAUAGCUGGCCCAUCAACCGUACCACCUACUCGAUUUCAGCAGCAGAUACCCACACAGUCCACUACCCGUGUGCAGACUCCCAUGCUCAAUGUGGAAGGAGUCCACCAGGCUGUCGAGAGCUACAGGUCAGGCCUGAGGAUGCGGCCAGGCCACAGUGACACAUUGCCAAGACCAGGUGAACUGAUACGGGGCGAGGAAUUUUCAACUGGCGUGAUUCGGGUUGUACCUGGAUCCUCGAGAGCCAUUCGCAAGCCCGUCCACCUGUGCCUCCCUCCUGUAGAACCCGCAGGCACGGGUCACAUAGCCCAACCAGGCUUGGGUUACCCUGCCAUUAGUGGUCAACCUCUCGCAUCCAACAGUACCCAACCACCUCCACCGUCAUCAGUCACCACCUCGCGCAUUGUUGACAGCGCUCGCAAUGUAUUCAAGAGGGAUUUUCUCAACAACUUGAUGGUGGCAAGCAACAAUUUAAAGGACAUGGCGCAGCGCGCAUUCAAUAAGGGAGUGGAGACGCAUUCAUCAUCAUCGACAAUGGACUCCGUCAACGCAUGGGUAGUUGAAAGCCAAAAGACCGAGCUGAAGAAGCUCAAAACCAUUCCGAACACCAUCCGAAGUAUCUUCAAAGAUGUAGGUCGAUCCGCAGUUGAUCUUGCGCUCCCUAUCAGUGAGCGGGGCAAAGAGUUGGUGCACCAGAAGAUUUACAUUGAUAGCCUCUGCAUUGGCUUCGCUUACCUCGACGAUCCAGACACUAAUGCAGCGUUUGGAAACCCUGCCCUCUUCCGCAUAAUCAGCCGCGUAUUGCACGAGAAGAGGUUGUCCCGCUGGAUUGACCCAAACAAGCGGGAUCUCAACAAUAUCAUUGCAUUCUCUGGCACAAUCUUAGUUUGGGCACUGCAGGAGCAUGCUAACGGCUUGAACGGCAAAUCAGAAUUUGUCGUCGAGGACAAUAGGGCAACAUUCGAUUCAAUCGUCCAACGUUUGGACAGCCUGUCGCCGUCGCAGAGGGCAGCUGUAGAUAAGCUCGUUGAUGAUAUUUUUGCCGAGAUGCAGUAA